AUGCUGCCCAGAGCUGGGCUGGGCUCGCCUCCCUGGCCGCGGGCUCCAGUCCCCCUCCACUCAGCUGCGUGCAGCAAGUGUCUCCUGUGCAUCACCUGUGCCUGCCAUCUGUGCAGACCCGGUGGGAUCCUGCGUCUGCAUGUGCUCGUGUCAGGGUGCUUUCUGGUGGCUGCUCGGCCCUCGGUGGGGACGCUGGGCAUCACAGGGCUGGGGGGAACAGUGCCCACACGAGCGGAGCUGGGCUUCCCGUCCACGUGCACUGCCGGCCCCACUGCAACCCGUGAAUCAGACUCUCCUGAGGGGCUGAAUGCAGCUGGCAUCGGGGAACGUCCGAGUCUGCAACUUCUGAAACCCGAACGACCUCCAGGAAGCCCCCCCGCCCCGUCAUCUCGGCGCUCCCGCAUGGCGGCGUCCAGACAAGGGCCCAGCGGCAGCCCCCCGGACCACGCGGCCUCCGCCCCCGAGACGCCCCUAGACGCCCCCGCCCAGGAAGCGGCGCUCAGGGUCCAUCUCGCCGGAUAG